UCCUCCGAGGCUGCGCCGCGCUGACAUCCGUCUCUCCGACUUUUUUUUUUUUUCCCUUCUUCAGCAAACACCCACCCCCCCCGCUCCUCCUCCUCCUCCUCCUCCAAGAUGGUGGAGCUGUGUUCUGGUUGAUCCAAGAGGAAAAGGCGGAGGCGCAGCGCGGCCCUACUCAGCCGCCACCAUCUCGACAGCCACGCGCACGCCUAGAGCGCCGACGAUCUUCCCAUUCCCAGGCCUCGCCUGGCCCGGCCUAGCGCCGUCCCCGCCUUAGCCUUCGGCAGCUCCCCGUGCGCUUCACGUCCUUUGCAAUUGGCCGCACGGCCUAGCCUAGGUGUCGGCUGAAGGAGCAACCAUCCGCCCGCCCAGCGUCCGGAGCUGGCCGGCCUCGCCAGAACCUGCCGGCUUACAGCGGGAAACGACAGGUUUGCAACCCACCAAAGGCUAUUUGGCAACUGUGCAAGAACAUUCUGCUGAAGUGCUAGAAAAACAUGGUAUUUAUGAUCUUCAGUUGCUAAGUAUCAAUUAUCAUGUAAUAUACAAGUGUUUAUGGAAUCAAUGGAUGUCUUCAGUUGGAGAGAAGAAAGCCAAUGGGAGGCCUCAGGGUACUGUGGGUACGAGUAUUGCUGAAUAAUCACUGGCUGAUAGCGACAUGACAGAGUAGAAGAUCAGCCUUACGUUUUAUAUCAGUGAAGCCAAACUGCAGGAAACAAUUGACAACACUGUUAAGCCUAUGCUUGGCUCAGCACAAGAGGACUGGCAAGAACAUAUUUUUUAAUCAACGACACAAAAUUGUGAUCACCCCAAUGUCACCGAAUGGCCACAGCUUGUAAAAGAUCACCAGGAGAACCUCACUCUGAAAACUUUGAAACUAGCCGAAUGAAGCGAGCAGCUGCAAAGCAUCUAAUAGAACGCUAUUACCAUCAGUUAACUGAGGGUUGUGGAAAUGAAGCCUGCACGAAUGAAUUUUGUGCUUCCUGUCCAACUUUUCUGCGUAUGGAUAACAAUGCAGCAGCCAUUAAGGCCCUCGACCUUUAUAAGAUUAAUGCAAAACUCUGUGAUCCUCAUCCCUCCAAGAAAGGAACAAGCUCGGCUUACUUAGAAAAUAAUUCCAAAGGUGCCCACAACAACGCCUGCACUGACAGAAAAAUGAACAAAAAGGAAAUGCAAGGUCCAAGAGAUGACUUUAAAGAUGUGACUUUUUUAACAGAAGAAAAAGUAUAUGAAAUUCUUGAACUAUGUAGAGAAAAAGAAGACUAUUCUCCUUUGAUCCGUGUAAUUGGGAGAGUAUUUUCUAGUGCUGAGGCCUUGGUACAGAGUUUUCGAAAAGCCAAGCAGCAUACCAAGGAAGAAUUGAAGUCUUUACAAGGAAAAGAUGAAGAUAAAGAUGAAGAUGAAAAAGAAAAGGCUGCAUGUUCUUCUGCCAUGGAAGAAGAUUUAGUUGCACCAUCAUCGUCAUCCUCGUCGUCAUCAAGAAUGGGUGACAGUGCACAGGGGGAUAACAACCUACAAAAAUUAGGCCCAGAUGAAGUAUCUGUAGAUAUCGAUGCAAUCAGAAGAGUCUACGUUAGAUUACUUUCUAAUGAAAAGAUAGAAACUGCCUUUUUAAAUGCACUUGUGUACUUGUCACCCAACGUUGAAUGUGACUUGACUUAUCAUAAUGUGUACUCUCGAGAUCCUAACUAUCUCAACUUGUUUAUUAUUGUUAUGGAAAAUGGUAAUCUUCAUAGUCCUGAGUACCUGGAAAUGGCACUACCGUUGUUUUGCAAAGCAAUGAGUAAGCUACCCCUUGCAGCUCAAGCAAAAUUGGUCAGACUGUGGUCAAAGUACAGCGCAGACCAGAUUCGACGAAUGAUGGAAACUUUUCAGCAGCUUAUAACCUAUAAAGUCAUAAGCAAUGAAUUCAAUAGUCGUAACUUAGUGAAUGAUGAUGAUGCUAUUGUUGCUGCUUCAAAGUGCUUAAAAAUGGUUUACUAUGCAAAUGUAGUAGGAGGAGAUAUAGACACAGAUCACAAUGAAGAGGAGGAUGAAGAGCCUAUCCCAGAAUCUAGUGAAUUGACUCUACAAGAACUCCUCGGUGAGGAAAGAAGAAAUAAAAAAGGACCUCGGGUAGACCCUCUGGAAACCGAACUUGGCGUAAAAACUAUAGAUUGCCGAAAGCCACUUAUCCCCUUCGAAGAAUUUAUCAAUGAACCACUGAAUGAUGUUCUAGAAAUGGACAAAGAUUAUACAUUUUUCAAGGUAGAAACAGAAAAUAAAUUCUCCUUUAUGACAUGCCCCUUUAUACUGAAUGCCGUUACCAAGAACCUGGGAUUGUAUUAUGACAACAGAAUCCGUAUGUACAGUGAACGUCGUAUAACUGUCCUUUACAGUUUAGUUCAAGGCCAGCAGUUAAACCCAUAUCUGCGACUCAAAGUGAGACGUGAUCACAUCAUAGAUGAUGCGCUUGUUCGGUUAGAAAUGAUUGCAAUGGAAAAUCCAGCAGAUUUGAAAAAGCAGUUGUAUGUAGAAUUUGAAGGAGAACAAGGGGUUGAUGAAGGAGGAGUUUCCAAAGAAUUUUUUCAACUAGUUGUAGAAGAAAUCUUCAACCCCGAUAUUGGAAUGUUCACUUACGAUGAGUCCACGAAAUUGUUUUGGUUUAACCCAUCCUCUUUUGAAACUGAGGGACAGUUUACACUGAUUGGGAUUGUAUUGGGCCUGGCUAUUUACAAUAAUUGUAUUCUGGAUGUCCAUUUUCCAAUGGUUGUCUAUAGGAAAUUAAUGGGCAAAAAAGGAACUUUCCGUGAUCUGGCAGAUUCUCAUCCUGUUCUCUACCAGAGCUUAAGAGACUUGUUGCAGUAUGAAGGAAGUGUGGAAGACGAUAUGAUGAUAACUUUCCAGAUAUCUCAUACAGAUCUCUUUGGUAAUCCAAUGAUGCAUGAUUUAAAGGAAAAUGGAGAUAAAAUCCCUAUUACAAAUGAAAACAGAAAGGAAUUUGUUAAUCUGUAUUCUGACUACAUUCUGAACAAAUCAGUAGAAAAACAAUUUAAGGCCUUUCGAAGAGGAUUCCACAUGGUAACCAAUGAAUCUCCCCUAAAAUAUUUAUUUAGACCUGAGGAGAUUGAAUUGCUAAUUUGCGGAAGUAGGAAUCUAGACUUCCAAGCCCUAGAAGAAACCACAGAAUAUGAUGGCGGCUAUACCAGAGAUUCUCUUAUAAUUAGGGAAUUUUGGGAAAUAGUCCAUUCAUUUACAGAUGAGCAAAAAAGACUCUUCCUCCAGUUUACAACAGGGACAGACAGAGCACCAGUAGGAGGGCUUGGAAAACUAAAGAUGAUUAUAGCCAAAAAUGGCCCUGACACCGAAAGGUUACCUACAUCUCAUACAUGCUUUAAUGUCCUCUUGCUUCCGGAAUAUUCCAGCAAAGAGAAACUUAAGGAGAGAUUGUUGAAGGCCAUCACAUACGCCAAAGGAUUUGGCAUGCUGUAAUGAAUUAAAUAAAAGGGAUAAAACGAUUGGUGGCAAUGGUGUCCCUGUCCAAAAAUCAAUAAGAGAAAACCCACAAAAGGCCAUAAGCUAUAGCAAGCAAGCUACCGUAGUCACCUGUAUUUGGGCCUCCCUUCUUCACUUGGGGACUCUGGGCUGGAACAGCAGAUUUCAGCUGCUUCUAUGAACAAAUUAUUUUCUUUUAGCGUGAAAGUGUUACAUAUUCUUUCACUUGUAUGUACAGAGAGGUUUUCCUGAAUAUUUAUUUUAAAGGGUUAAAUCACUUUUGCUUGUGUUUUAUUACUGCUUGAAGUUGAGCCUUUUUGAGUAUUUACAAGAAAACAAAACUGUACUCUCCCAAGGAAAAUAUUGCCAUCAUUUGUAGAUUGUGUAACCUUUUAAGUAUGUGCUACAUUUUUGUCCCAGUUAACAAAUCAAAAUCGGGAACUGUACUUUUUGAACAGUUUUGCUUUUGAAACUUGAAGUCUUGGAAAACAAAAUGGUGUGAUGCAAUGACUGCUGUUCUAGCCCCCAAAGACAUUUGUGGAAAAGCAUUAGAAUCAAUAAAGAUGGAAGGGAGAACUUGGAAUGUUAAAUUACAGCCUUCAGACCUUUACUUUUAGCCACAGCACAAUUAAACAAAAACAAAAAAGUCAUUUCAUUAUAUACGUUGCCUUUCACGUGUCUUGUCUUGUAGCAUACCGGGUUUUUAAUUAGCAAGAUUUCUAGCCAUAUAGAAAUAUGAACAUAGUUAAUGUCACCUUUUUCUUUUUAAGAAAAAAAAAUAUUUAUUGGGAAAAGUGCAUUUCAGCCAAACAAUUUUAGAGUAUAGGAAAAUGUGGGAGAAAUCAGAAUGUUGGGUCUAUAGGCAAAAGCAUGUGAAGUGCACUUAAAAAGAAGCUAUUGGUUUCUCUUCAGUUGACAUUUUAAAUAGACAAUUCAGUCUUCCCUGCAAGCUUUUUUUUUUUUAAAUGUACUGCUGUUUCUUUAUCAAGGCAUAUGAUCAGUGCUGCAGCAAGGAGAUGCCUUUUCUUUCUCUCCUCAUCUAGCAACAGGGGGAAAUGAUUUUUUAAAAGGACACCUUUGCAUUGUAAUACUCCCAAGUUAUUCAUUCAAUGUGUAGAAAGUAAAUCCUAAAUUCACUUCUCUCUUUUACAUGGCAUAUCAUAAAUUCAGAAUGUAAAUCUUUUACCUUUCUACAGAGCAUCCCUACACAUUGCUCAUUGCUGCUAUUACAGUAUGAAUAAAAGGAUCAUACAUGCUUUAUCAAGACAAUACAGGUGGUUGUUCCUCUCACUGUAAAUGUCAGCUGAUGUGUAGAAGUGAGCUUGUGCCUUGGUGAUAGCUAAUCCUGUCUUUGGUGCAGAAUU